AUGUACGAAGCAAUCCCAGCUGUCCCUUUGUUUCCACCUGCAGAUGGGUUGGCCGGAGUCGGGAAGGUUCGGGCUCCAGUGUUGCAGCCCACACCAUGGCUGCAACUGCGGCGAGAGACAACAAGUGUCCCCAUUAAACAAAUCGACAAGUUUCCUCAGGUGGCGAAGGCCGCCGACGCCGUCAUCAUGUGGUGUAUUCAUGAAGCACUGAAAAGAGUGCAAACGGGAAACGAGAACUCCGCAGGACUCACCGGCGCGGUUCAGAUUCUGCGACAGAGUGUCGAUUUGCGGGAACACAUCCGCAAAAAACAGGAGGAGGCACUGGCCUCGUUCAACGCCCUUAUCGAAACUGCUUCAAAGGAAUUCUCUGGCGUAGAUAUCCGUCUCUUUCGUUUCUGGGGUAUGGCGGCGAAUUUGAAAGGACAGCCUAACGAGCCCGACGACAUGUACGUGGAAUCUAUGGAGCAGACUCGAUGGCUCUUGUCAAAUGCUCUUUUACGUGCGACGGGCCAGCUCUCAGGCGAGACAGUUGACUCGAAGCUCGUUGACUGUGAGCACCUCACAUACACCGCUUAUUCGUCCAAGCUGCGGAAGAUCUUCACGCUUAAGGAGAGCAAAACGCGGUUCUGUAGCAUCAGUGUCACCGGAUGGAUCCUUUUUGGGGCUCGUCAACUUUUUGACAUUGCAAAGUCUGCCUCAGAGAGUGGCGAUGGCGAAGCCACGGCCACACUUGUCUCCAUUCAAGAAGCCAUUAAAAAAUUUGAGGGUGUGAAGGAAGAUUUGGAGCAAUUGUGGCCCGUCUUCGAGGAGUACCGGUCUACCGUGCUUAGCUGGUUACCCAAACCGGAAACGACCGCAGAAGCCGAAAAGUAG